UUUUAAAAUUAAUCUGAAAAGUAAUUUGUGAAUUUGGUUACAUUUUUAAUCCGUCCAUCCAUCCAUCUUUUAGUUAGGGCAUCUACAAUUUGCCAUUAUUUAAUUUAUCAGAAUGUGUGGAGUUUAUAAACAACUUUGAGUGUGCUGCCAAGUCAAUUUGGACAGAUCUGAUGUGCAGGUUUAACUUUACUGCUUUGAUUGCUGCUUGUUUGGGUUUGAGAUUAGUAGUCCAUAUUAUUUUUGAUGUAAAGCAUAAAUAUUAUAGCAAUUGUUUGAAAUUAUUAUUUGCAAUUUCCACACUUAAUAUUGCAAGGAAAAGUAAAAAAAAACCUAAUCCUUCCUGUUGCUGCUACAGUGUUUCAUUACAUUGUUCUUUGAACAACAAUAAACAGGUAUAGUUAACAUGAGAUAAUGAACCCUCCAAAUCAGGUUUGCACAGCUACUAGUUUCUGCUCAGGGUGGUAACAUCUAAAUUUAGGCUACUGACAUAAAAGGGUCACUUAGGUCUCUGUGGACUAUCUAUGCUAUUGAUGUACUGUGAGGUUUUCCUGUCGAAAACUAUAAAUUGUGUCUAACAACCACUUGAGCUUUAGAGUCUGAUAACUUCUCAGUAGUGUUUGGAAGACCUUUCUUCGUCAUGGCUAAAAGCGUGUUCUUUGUCAUCCUCAUCUGUUCAAUUCAUGGCUUUGGGACCAAAGAUUUUCCUCCACCGAAACUAACAGCGAGUCGCUCAGUGAUCAUAGAGACAGACUCAGUUACGCUGAACUGUGAGGGUCUGCGAUCUUCUGAUUCCAAGUGUUCUUUUUACACUCAAACUGGACGAACACUACAUGACCUCUUGUGUAAUCAGACACUGACGGGAACUGAACUGCUGCAGAUGGAAAAACUCUCUUCACCUGCUCAGGCUGAGCUGAGCUGCUGUCCCACCAUUCAGCCUGGAACAACAUGCUCUGUCUUCAGUGAGAUAUUGUCCAUCAACAUACAACGUCUUCCUCCACCUAAAGUCACCGUGAGUUCAGCAAUGAUCACAGAUACAGACUCAGUCACAUUGACCUGCGUGGCUCCUUCGCCUGUUUCUGUCUCUGCGUGUUAUUUUUACAUUUUGGUUCAAUCAAAAGGAUUUGAAAGACACAGUUCCUGUCAUCAGUCGCUGACAGGAACUGAACUGCUAGAAAUGGAAAAUCCAAGACUGCCUGCUGAGGUUAAAGUUAACUGUCGAUACACAGCUGAGCCUGGACAGGUGUAUUCUCCACAUGGUAACCUAACAUCCAUCUUCAUUCAAAAUAAAAUGGAGAUGAAGACUGAUUUGACAACAACCUUAAUUCCAAGCCAAACUUCAGCUGAAGUCAAAAGCAAUACAGAUAAAGUCUUUGACAUGACCAGUUUAUCAGCUCUUCCUCCACCUAAAGUCACCUUGACAUCCAUCUUCAUUCAAAAUAAAAUGGAGAUGAAGACUGAUUUGACAACAACCUUAAUUCCCAGCAAAAUUUCCGCUGAAGUCAAAAGCAAUACAGAUAAAGUCUCUGACGCGACCAGUUUAUCAGUUUCAUGGAAUCUGAAAGUUGUAUUUGUGGUCUUGACUGGUUUUGGAUCAGCUGUUGGGAUUAUUUUCCUGGGUUUCACAUUUGUGAUUCACCGAAGAGCUGGUAGGACCAACGUACAGGAAGAGGAGACCAGGAGUCCGUGGAUUUCUGAUGAACUAAAGGAUACCAGACAACCUGGAGAAGUGUUAAUCCAAAAUAUACCUGCAGGUGCUCAUCAGCCUUACAUGAUCACUUCUGGUUGUUUCCCUGCUGAUUUCCAAGUGCAAAACAUGCAAGAGAAUGAAAAUGAUGACCCUGACAACUUUUACCACACUUACUCCACCAUCCCUGAUUAGCCCAUGGUAUUGGUCCAAAGCAGAAUGACUGAGUGGCAUGAAGAUAUAUCGAAAUAUAAACCUUUUUCCAUCCACUGUGAUAAAGAAGAUAACAAACUCCUUUAAGAACUGCUCCCUCUAAAAUCAUCACUUUUUAAAUAGUAUUUUCAAGCUUUCAUUUCAUCCUCCAAGCUGAGAGAUGUUUAAUUAAUUAAAUUUUUCUCUUUUUCUUUUUUAA